ACUGUGAAGCGUCGUUAGGUGGGGCGGGGGCUGUGUUGUUACUGCUGUAGUCGUGAAGACUUAUUCUAUACCGUUCAGCCUUGGAUUAAAACGAAGGAGAGCAUUUCACACCCUCGACUCCGCAAAGGGUCCAGCUGUUUGCUAGUCUGCUCCGAGUCAACAUGGGGAGCUGCUUAACGGUGGGGCCGAACGAAGCUCUGGUGGUCUCCGGUGACUGUUGUAGCUCUGAUGCAAAGACCUACGCCGUGGGAGGCUGGGCCUGGGCUUGGUGUCUCAUCUCGGACACCCAAAGGAUAACCCUUGAAAUCAUGACUCUGCAGCCCCGAUGUGAGGAUGUGGAGACAGCAGAGGGGGUGGCCAUCACUGUCACAGGGGUAGCUCAAGUGAAAGUGAUGACGGAGCAUGACCUACUGGCAGUAGCCUGUGAGCAGUUCCUGGGGAAAUCAGUUGUGGAGAUCAAAGCUGUGGUCCUGCAGACUCUGGAGGGACACCUGCGCUCCAUUCUAGGUACCUUGACUGUCGAGCAGAUUUAUCAGGACAGGGACCAGUUCGCCAAACUGGUGAGGGAGGUAGCGUCUCCCGACGUGGGCAGGAUGGGCAUCGAGAUUCUCAGCUUCACCAUCAAGGAUGUGUAUGACAAACUGGAUUACCUGAGCUCUCUGGGGAAGGCCCAGACUGCAGCCGUGCAGAGGGACGCCGACAUCGGCGUGGCCGAGGCAGAGAGGGAUGCUGGGAUACGGGAAGCAGAGUGUAAGAGAGAGAUGAUGGACGUCAAAUUCCAAGCUGACACCAAGAUGGCCGACUCCAAACGGGAACUGGAGCUGCAGAAAGCUUCUUUCAACCAGGAAGUCAACACUAAGAAAGCGGAGGCCCAGCUGGCGUACGAGCUGCAGGCAGCCAAGGAGCAGCAGAAGAUUCGCUUGGAGGAGAUCGAGAUCCAAGUGGUGCAGAGGAAGAAGGAGAUCACCAUCGGGGAGAGAGAGAUCGAUCGGAUGGACAAGGAGCUCAUCGCCACAAUAAAGAGGCCUGCCGAGGCGGAGGCCUACAAAAUGCAGCAGCUGGCAGAGGGUCACAAGACGAAGACGGUGCUAAUUGCCCAGGCUCAAGCAGAGAAGAUCAGGAGGAUCGGCGAGGCAGAGGCGUGCUCCAUCGAAGCAGUGGGCAAGGCAGAGGCUGAGAGGAUGAGACUGAAGGCCGAGGCCUACCAGCUGUAUGGAGAGGCAGCCAAGACGGCUCUGGUCCUCGAGGCCCUGCCCAUGAUUGCUGCCAAGGUGGCGGCGCCAUUAGCCAGGACCAGCGAGAUCGUCAUCCUGGGUGGGGAGAGCAACCGCAUAACGAGUGAGGUCAACCGCCUGUUGGCUGAACUUCCUGUGUCUGUCAAUGCUCUUACUGGAGUGGAUCUGUCAAAGAUCCCGUUCCUGCAGAAGAUGACCAACGCUCAAGCCUGAAAACCCGGCGACCACACACGACUCCAGUAUCUGUUGUAUGCACUCUGAUGGACUGCCUUUAAUACACUUGAAGAAUUGUGUUGUUUUAUACGUAUACUGUAUACCAAGUACAUUUUGGAAACCUCUGGUGCCUUACUUUAUACAGGGCCAGAAUAUCUGAACGCACUGCUGCUCAUUCAAAAGAUUAUUAUUAUUAUUAUUUUUUUGGUUUGACACAGGACCAUUUUGUGCUGUGAUUUUUUUAUUUAUUUUUUUAUGUAUUUGAAUCGUAUAUAUUAGUCAGUUUGCAUGAAAUACCAUCAAAAAGAAGAGCUGCUAUUGGACUGGUGUGAAGGCAGGCGUACCUGCUGCAUCUCAUGCUAACACCCAGUCUCUGGUGUUUGUACAUCAGGGCUCUGCUUCUUUGGACCACAAGGUCUCUGCUCUCACUUCUUAAAUUCCGCAUGCUGCAGGCCUUCUUGAUUUGUGCGCCUCUUUCUUUAUUGUAAGAUACAUCUCCGUUCACAAUAUUUUCCUUUGUAUAUUGUACAUGUUGUAAUUUUUAACUAUUUAUGACAUUUUCUGUGUGGAUUUUUAUAAUUUUUACAAUGUUGCAGGUGCUCACAAUCUUAUAAGAAGCCCUCCCAUCCUUGUGUAAAUGCUGUCUGUUGCCCUGAAAGAAGUUUAAGCCUCUACAAACCGUUGAUAUCAGGCUCAAUACAUAUGAUUAUUAUUUAUAUGCUGGCAGGGAAACAGGAUGCAAAAUCCGAUUUGAGCUUGUGGCCCUUUGAUAUUUAUUGUGAGUUUAAAUGUAAAGGUUAGUUUUUUGGGCCUUGAUUAAAAAAAUUAGUAUGUAUUUAAAAAAUGAAAUAAAAAGAUUUAAUGGGCAAAUUAUCAAAAAUGACCGGCUUGGAGUUUUGUGAAAUUAGUAUAGAGCGUGGAAAAAAGCUUAAUGUGAAUAGAUUCUGAAAAUGAAAAGGCCAAACGGUGAUGCCAAAUAGAAUAGAUUGUCUUUUCAUUCUCAUUUCAUGAGAAGGACUUGGGGAUACUGCAAAGUUCAUCACCAGAUAUCCAUAGUCUGACACGGUGCGUCAACAAGCCAAACUUUUCAGAGAAACUUGCUAAUUUAUUUUCAAUGUUUGCGCACGUCUGCAUUGAUUUGUUUUUGUUCUGUUUUUUAUAACUGUGACAUGAAAUAUAGAAGGAUCUUAAAAGGACUACUUUAACUUAUCAAACCAUGUUUUAUCUAUUUUAAUAAGUGAUGUGUUUGUAAAUGGUCACCAUGCUUUGUUGUUUUCGAGGUCUAAUGCACCAACAUGUUAUGCGUCAGUGCAGGAGUAGGAAAGGUUUUUAGAAAGAAAAAGGGAGUUGGCAGGUACAGAAAACUAUCGAGCUUGACUCCGAUGAAAUGUAUUUCACCCACUUAGACACUUCCAGAAGAACUGACUCCUGCUCGCCUCUUCUCAAAGCUGUGAAGAGCUGAACUCGCCCACCCCAAACUAGCUGGACAGCGCUCUUUAGUUUUGAGCCUUGUAGCUCAGGAAGGUGACAACAAAAAGUAGUGGUAGUUUUAUGUACGGUUUAAGAAGCGGCCAGUAUGAGCAUACUGACACUGAAUUCACAGAGGACUGUUACUAUUAUUGUUGCUGUUUGUGCUUCUCCUGAGUUGAUUUCUAUUUCUAUUAUUCUUUGCUGAUAUAGUGACUCGACAAAUACUGUGACCACAAUGUCCUGUGUGUGUGUGUGUGUGUGUGUGUAUAUAUAUAUACAUACACACACACACACAUGACAUCUUUGUGUUAUAUUCCUAAUGUUAUUUACAACACGUACACUGUAUGUCUCGAAUGGCCAUGAACUCCUGUAUGCUCUUGCUGCAUGUCAUACGUCUGUACUUGGAAUAAUUCAUACACUCUCAGCUAAUUGUCAUUAUAAUAAAUUGAAGAAUGCCAUUAUUUAUUUAUUUAUUGCCAUUUACAGUUUUGUAACGUUUAUUUGAUUUAUAACUCUUUUUACUCCUGACUGCUUCUUAAUCUUGGUUCAAGUCAUGGUGAUGUACAAUGUCAUUUAUUUACAUAUAUGAAAGUCGUUUAAAUAAAACCAGUCAAAGUCUU